AAGAUAACCACAGCUGAAUAAGGCUCUGAACUGUGCAUGGGAUUUGUAAUACACGACAUUAAUUUGCUUAUAUGUUUGUCACUCACCAGGCCUUUUGAACGUUGAGAGAAUGGAUAUUAUUUUUUUGCUUCCGACAUUAUUUUCCUCGACAUUUAUUUGCUCUUUUAUUUGCACUGCUCGUGGAGAUUUGAUUUAUACGGUGCGAGAAGAAGCGAAGCGUCUUUACGUGAUUGGGAAUGUCGCGAAGGACCUCGGAAUCGAUGCUAAACGAUUGUCUACUCGUAAGGCUCGGAUAGACACAGACGACAGCACGAAACGUUAUUGCGAUAUUAAUCUGAAUAGUGGAAAUUUGGUCGUGGCGGAAACAAUAGACCGAGAGGAGCUUUGUGGGUCGAGAAUGUCUUGCAUUCUAAAUUAUGAGCUCGUGUUGGAAAAUCCGCUUGAAGUACAACGCAUAUCGCUGCAAAUUGAGGAUAUAAAUGACAACGCCCCACGAUUUCCUAACGAUCGGAUUACGUUUGAAAUCGGAGAAUCUGCUGUUAAGGGCCAGCGUUUUCCCUUGGACGAAGCACAUGACUCUGAUAUCGGGCAAAACGCGGUUCAAGGAUAUUCAAUUGAAAGAAACGAACAUUUUGUUUUAUCAGUGCAUGAGAACGCAGAGCAGGGCAAACACGCUGAACUAGUGUUGGAGAAGGAGCUGGAUCGCGAACAACAGAAGGAAAUUAAUUUAAUACUCACCGCUACUGAUGGCGGCACCCCACAAAGGUCUGGUACUGUAGUUAUCCACAUUAGUGUGCUGGAUGCUAAUGACAACAGUCCGGUUUUCAGUCAGUCUGUGUACAAAGCUUCUCUCGCUGAAAACGCGCCGUUGGGUGCCACAGUUGUUACAGUAAGCGCAUCAGACGAUGACGUGGGAGCGAACGGUGAAGUGAGUUAUGAAUUCAGUCGUGUAUCUGAUAAAGCAGCAAAAUUAUUUUCUAUUGACAAGAUGACUGGUCAGAUUAAGGUUAUCGGAAAUAUCGAUUAUGAAGAGGAAACAUACUAUGAAAUGAGAGUGCAGGCCAAGGAUGGACCUGGUUUAGCGUCCACUGCUAAAAUUAUUAUAGAUAUCACUGACCUAAAUGACAACGCACCUAGAAUUAUUCUGAAAUCACUGAACGACCCCAUACCAGAGAACUCCGCCGUAGGCACGGAGGUGGCCAUCAUUAAUGUUCAGGAUAAAGAUUCAGGAGAUAAUCGACAGAUCAGAUGCUCCAUUCAGCAAAAUGUCCCUUUCAAAUUAAAUCCAUCCAUCAAAAAUUACUUUUCUUUGGCAACCACAAAUAUGCUGGAUCGAGAAACAGAGUCAGAUCAUAAUGUCACUAUCACUGUUAAUGAUGGAGGUUCUCCACCAUUAUCUUCUUCCAUGACAAUUCAUUUAUCUGUAGCAGAUGUCAAUGACAACCCACCUGUAUUUCAUCAGAAAUCCUACAGUGCCUAUGUCAUGGAAAACAACAAACCAGGCACUUCUAUCUGUUCUAUUAGAGCAACAGACCCAGACUGGAGGCAGAAUGGUACAGUGCUAUAUUCUCUGGUGUCCAGUGAGGUCAAUGGUGUUCCAGUGUCCUCAUUUAUAUCAAUGAAUGCAGACACAGGAGUGAUCCAUGCUGUGAGGUCAUUUGACUAUGAGCAGUUCAGAAAGUUCAAAGUUCAGGUUGUAGCCAGAGACAAUGGCUCUCCUCCACUCAGCAGCAAUGUCAGUGUGAGUGUGUUCAUAACAGAUGAGAAUGAUAACUCUCCACAGAUAUUAUACCCUGCUCCAGAGGGAAAAUCUUUAAUGACUGAGAUGGUCCCUAAAGCUUCUCUGUCAGGAUCUCUGGUCUCCAAGGUGAUUGCUGUGGAUGCUGACUCAGGACAGAAUGCAUGGCUGUCAUAUCAGAUUGUGAAGUCUACUGAUCCAGGACUUUUCACCAUCGGUGUCCAUAGUGGAGAGAUCAGGGCACUGAGGGACAUUACUGAAUCUGACAGCAUGAAGCAGAACCUCAUUAUCUCAGUGAAAGAUAAUGGACAACCUCCUCUCUCUGCUACCUGUUCUGUGUAUUUACUUAUUUCUGACAACCUUGCUGAAGUUCCAGAACUUAAAGACAUGACUUAUGAGGAGAGCAACUCCAAACUAACAUCAUAUUUGAUCAUCGCACUCGUUUCUGUGUCCACCUUCUUUCUGACUUUCAUUAUUCUGAUCCUGGCUAUGAGGUUUUGUCACAGGAGAAAGCCCAGACUGUUGUUUGAUGGAGCAGUUGCCAUUCCCAGCGCGUAUCUCCCUCCCAACUAUGCAGAGGUGGAGGGAGCUGGAACUCUCCGCAGUUCUUACAAUUAUGACACAUAUCUAACAACAGGCUCACGCACCAGUGACUUCAAAUUUGUCGCAUCAUAUAAUGAAAGCACACUUCCUGCGGGUGGGAUUCAGAAACUGGAACAAAAUGAUCCAUUUGGUGUGAAUGUGAUCACUCAGAGUAAUACAGCAGAUGAUGAUGAGUGCUGUGUUACAGAAUGUUGCAAGAUGGAAGUCAUUACUGCUAUUUAUGAUGUUGCUGUGGAGUAG